AAUACCCAGUUAAUUAAUGCUGCAAGUAAAGAUAUAAAAGAAAUUUCUUUAAAUAAUAAAUUUGCUGAAAAUAAUAAUCCUAAAAAUUUUUAUCAUUAUAAACAACAAUAUUAUAAUGCUAAAGAUGAAAAUGAAGUUAUAAACGAAUUAUUAAAAACAAAUAAACAUAAAAAAAUUUUAUUAGAUAAAAAAUAUAAUUAUUUUGGUGCCUCUUUUAAAAACAAACAUUGG